AUGAAGCUCACCGGCAACUUUGCAGUUCUGUUCUCGGCCAGCACGGUCCUCCUCAAUGGCGUCUCUCCUGUUCGUAGUACUCCUAGCCAUGCUCUCGCCGACGUGAAACAGCAGGACUUGCUUGCUCGCGAUUCCGCCUUCCACGGCGCCGGUCACACCAACUGGAAGCGUUCUCCUGCUCCUCUACCUGGUUACGACAACAAGAAUGGGUAUUGCAAGAACGAAGAGGAGUAUGGCAAGAGGGACGGCAAGGAGUACUGCAACAAGGACGGGAGGGAGUACGGCAACAAGGUCGGAAAUAAGGACGGGAAGGAGGACGGAAAAAAGUACAGGAGGGA